AUGUUGCCUCUACAGCAAGUGGAGCCUGCAAAAGGCUUAAAGGAGCCAGUAAAAAGAAUGGCUGCAUUGAUCAAAGGCAGUGUUCUAGACUGCACAGCUGCUGAUUUUCCAGCUGAUCCUGAAGAAGCCUGCAAAAGGCUGCAUGUAUUUUUGAGUGUGUGGUUUCCUGCCACCAACAACAAAAAAGAAGACGAAAGAAAAGCAUUUUCUGAAGCCUGCAACAGGCUGAAAUUAGCUGAGGUAAGGCAAAUAGUCAAUUCAUUGCAUUCCUACAAGACAUGGCUGCUGAGAAAGCAAAGGAAUUUGAAAACAGGCGAAAAAACUGACGCUGUUAUAAGAAGUUUGUUUGCUGCACUGCAGAAAGAGAUGCCAAAGACUCCUGGCAUCAGCAAGGGCAGCAGCAGUAGCCAAGAACUUCCUGCAGCCUGCCAGCCUGCCAAGAGGCUCAACCGCAAGCAAAGCUUAGUUGAAAAGGUGGAAGAAAGUCCCAAAGCAAAGCCUGGGAAGGCUCUUCGUUUUGCAUUUUCUUCUCCUGGUGACUUAUCUUCACCUGGUGCACUCAGCAGUGUUGUUUCUAUUUCCAGUGGUGAAUUGGUAGCCCCUGGCAGCAUGUCUGAAAAUGAAGGGGAUGAGCCUGAAAAGGCUGCAAAGAAACCUGCUUCCAAAGGUGGUAGUAAGAGGCCAGCUUCCAAGAAAGAAGAGAAACUAAAGAAGCCUGCAAAGGCUGCAGCUAGCAAGCCUGCAAAGGCUUCUUCCACAGAGCCUGCAGAGGCUGAAAGCCAAGCAGCAAAGCCUGAUGAUGCUGAAAGCCAACAAGCAGAGCCUGGAGAGGCUGAAAAACAAGAAGAGAUGGCUGACAAAGAAUAUUGCUUGGUCAACUUUGAAAUUCCACAAGGGGAGAAGCAAACACAGGCUGGUGGCAGGAGCCUGCAAAAGGCUGGGAGCCUGGGAAUGGCUUUGUUCACCUUCAUGGUGGUCAUGGUGGGGCCUGCAAAGGCCAUGGGGGCAUUCCCAUGGUGGAAUGUUCGCUUCUUUGAUGGGAUCUAUUCUUUGAUAGAUCACAACAGUGGAUGGCAAGAGCAGUUGGAGACCUGGGAGGUCAUGAGCCUGGAAGAGGCUAUGCAUGCAGAUCCAGAGAUGGGGAUCUACAUUCAUGGCCACUCACACCUGGGGAGUGGCAGCACAGAGCAUCCACCAAUUUGGAACUCUCAAGCCAGGCAAUGGCUCAUAAGUUUGCAGCCACCUGGCCCCAAUGAUUACUUGGCACUCUCUUUGGACCUCCCUUUGCUAUAUAUGAGGGUGGAAGAAAAGCAAAGGGAGGAAGAAAGAAGGAAUGAAGAGAGAAGGUGGCAAGCCUGCAAAGGCUCCAGGAGCCAGGAAUGGCAGGAAUGGCAGCCUCACAGCUGGUGGGACUGGGAGGAUGCUAGUGGCUGUGGUGGCAGCACUCCUUCCAGCAGUUCCACUGGGUACAGUGGGCCUGCUACUUGGGAGCCUGAAGAAGGCAGGAGCCCCUGGCACCCCAAGUGGAGCAAUGAGCGGUACUUCACAAGGGGCUGGGGCAGUGCCUGCAAAAGGCAUCAGAGAAGGGGCUGUGAACAAAGAGGUGAGCCAGUCCCUGAUCAUCUCAUGGCAAAAAAAACUGAGCUUGCAAAAGGCUUUAAGAAAGAAAUGAUGGAAUUGGUGAAAAAAGCCAAAAAAGCGGCAGAAGCCAGCUCAGAUUCAGAGAUGCCUGAGAAAGGCAAGAAGGAAGAGCCUGCAAAGGCUGCAAGCACACCUGGGGUUGAAUCUAGCUCAGAAUGGAGCUAUGACCCCAAGCCAAAAAGGAGGUCUGACAGCCCCAUGCCUGGCAAGCAUGGGCCAAGGUGGAAGGGGACACCUCCAAAUUUGGCAAAAGUGCCUGUGGGCGACAAAAAGGAAUUGGAGGUGGAGAAAAUGUUGAAAGCCAAGAUAAAGGAGGAGGAAGAAGAGGAUGAUGAUGAGGAGGAUAGCGAAGUGAUGGCUAUGGAGGUGAUGGAGGUGCUGGAGGUGGUGGAGGUGGUGGGGCUGGAGAAGGUAGCUGGCCUGCAAACCAUCGCCAUGAAGAGACCAGCAUCUGUGAAAAGGGAAAAGCUAACACCGCCAAAGAGGAAAAGAAGGCAGGCAGGUGAAGAAGAGCCUGAAGAGGCUGCAGAAGAGCCUGGAAAGGCAGGUGAAGAAGAGCCUGGAGAGACUGCAGAAGAGAUUGGAAAGGCAGAUGAAGAAGAGGAAUCUGGAGAGGCUGCAGGAGAGCCUGGAAAGGCAGAUGGUGAACAGGGGGCUGCGCCAGCCAGUGGCUCCCAGGACAAGCCUGAAAAGGCUUUCAAGCCUGAGAAGGCUCACAAGCCUGCAAAGGCUAAGAGCUCGAAGGUGCUGGCAGCUCCUUCCAAGGCAGCUUGGAAUGAUAUGAGCUAUGCCUUGAAGAAGCUUGAAAAAGCUGGGAAGCAUGAACUUCCCCAAGCCUGGAAAGAGGCUCAGGGUGGUGGCCAGCAAGGCAAGAGGCAUUUUUAUUAUAAUGUCUUUUUGCUGGACCCCACCCAAAGCAAGAAGGCUGUGCACAAGGAGAGCCUGGAAAGGCUGACAGUGAAAGAGACAAAAACCAGGGGUUGGUUCACAGCCUCCCAGAUUGGCAAGAUGGAAGGUGCUGAUCCAACCCAGAAGGAUUUUGACUUGCUCUGUCAAUCAGCCUGUGAAGGCUUAAAAGAGCGCCCCCAUGAAGUCAAAGCCUGGGCAAAGAUGGGGGUGAAACAGUACUACUAUGAGAAGACAGGUCCUCAGGAAGAGGAGAAGGCCAAUGAGAGCCUGACAAAGGCUGAGCAAAGGGUUGAGAUGGAAGAUCAGCAUGACUUCGACAAAGCUGAGAAAGCCCUCAUGGCAGACCAAAGUUCACAUCAAGUUGUGCUGGGAAAGAAAAGCUUGAAAAAGGCUGCAGAAAGUGAUGCAGAAGAAGAAGAUGUAGAGCCUGAAAAGGCUUACAAGAAAGCAUACCAAAGCCUGAGCAAGGCUGUCAAAACUUUCAGCUCAUCAGUGGACAAGCUGUUAGUUUUGAAAGAGACAUUGGCCAACAAGGAUGCAGCAGAGCAUGGCAAGCAGCUGACUGCCAGUCUGGAAGAGCUGCAGAGCUUGCAAAAGCAAAAUGAAGACUUGAAAGGGAAGUGGGUUUCCAAGCUUGCAGCCCUGCCUUCUUCCCUUUCACCCAGUGCUGCCAGAGAUGGCAAAAAAAACAAUGAGCUAGGGAAGCUGAAGGAAGAGGUGGACCAACACCAAAAAACUUUGUCCAAGGCUUUGAGCCCACACAAGCUGUGGGCCAAAAAUGCUGGGUUGAUUUGA